CUGGGUCCCUGCGAAGUCUGGCGCAGAAGGAGGGGCAAGCAGGAGCCCCUCUCCAGCCCGCCAACAACAGGAAAACCUGGGCUCUGGAGCCAGCAUUAUGAAACCAUACACCAUGUUCCUCUCAUAGAGACCUUCAAGAAACCACGUCAUCCUGGUUUUAAAAUAACCUGUAAGAAAGGCCACAGUUCUUUCCCAUUAAUAAAUUGCCACAUCAUCCUGCGUUGAGAACCAACAAACAGAUCACAGAUUUUUAACACUCAAGAAAUCACAGAAUUUUGUGGAAACCAAUGCUAGAGUGUCCUAUAAAAGUCAAGGAAGAUAUUUAACAACCUUUAUAUGAAACCAUGGACCCAGCAAUUUGGAGAAGGCGAGAUGUUCAAAUGUAUUCGAUAAUGGCUUUAUUCCUACUGGCCGUGAUCCUGAUUGCUGUGCUGAUUCCGUCUGUACCCACACAAGCAAAGGAUCCAGCCUUCACUGCUUUGUUAACUACUCAGACAGAAGUCCAAAGAGAGAUUGUAAAUAAACACAAUGAACUAAGGAAAUCUGUCUCUCCAACUGCCAGUAAUAUGCUAAAGAUGGGAUGGAGCAAAGAAGCAACAGAAAAUGCCCAAAAGUGGGCAAACCAGUGCACAUUAGGGCACAGUAAUCCAGAGGACCGGCGAACCAGCACAAACUGUGGUGAGAAUCUUUAUAUGUCAAGUGACCCAUCUCCAUGGUCACAGGCAAUUCAGAGCUGGUAUGAUGAGAGCCAGAAUUUUGUGUAUGGUACAGGGGCAAAGCCUGCCAGUGCAGUUGUUGGACAUUAUACUCAGGUCGUUUGGUACUCAUCUCACCUCAUUGGAUGCGGCGUUGCCUAUUGUCCCCGACAGGAAAGUCUAAAAUACUUCUACGUUUGUCAGUACUGUCCAUCUGGGAAUAAUCUGAGUAGAAAGAAUAACCCUUAUGACAAAGGAGCACCUUGCGCCAGCUGUCCUGCUAACUGUGAAGGCGGACUAUGCACCAAUAGUUGUGAGUAUGAAGAUAUCCUAAGUAACUGUGCAUCCUUGAAGCAGUCAGCAGGCUGUGACCAUGAAUUGCUGAAAGAAAAGUGUAAAGCUACUUGCCAUUGUGAACACAAAAUUUACUGAAAUGCCCACUGUGUGCUUAGCAGGACAAAGUGGAGAAGGACUGCAACACUUAAUUAUACAAGGCACCAGGAAAACUACAAACACAUUCGCUAAAGGAAAAAAAAAAAAGAUGUAGUCUACGUAAUCUAGGGUUCCAACUUUGGGCUUUGAUGUGAACUGGGUACUUUUAACCGGAUGACCUGGAAGAUUUUGGAAGUUGUAUGGUCAUAAGAGGUAGGACACUAAAGCCUUGAUCUAACUGGAUGAAGCACCUUAAAAAAAAAGAUUCUUGCUAUCUUUACAACAGUGCUUUAUGUAUGUAAAGAAUAAACUCAAAUAAUGGUACUUAUCUUUGCUUUAAAGAAGACACCUCAUCUUCAAACAAGGAUAAUCAUUAUUUAGAAUAAAGAACUUUUUCGAAGACCA